AUGAGAGACCCCACCAGGAAUUUUGAGAACUCAGUGUUCUUCCUAUGGCUUCUGGAUCCUUCUCCUGUGUGCUUCCCAAACUUUCUUGGAGGGAGUGCCCUGGACGUCUUUUGUGGUACCCUUUGAGACAGACUGGUGGUGUCUUCUUUGUGGAAAGCGCUUGAGCGACCCAAGCCUGUCCUCUCCUUCAAAAUUUCCAGCGCCACCUUCAGGGCUCUUCUGUGGGACUUCUCCUCCCCCGAGCGAGCCCUGACCUUUGACCUUGCCACCCGCAAGAAGACUAUGGCUUUUAUUGGAGACUCAGUUAGCGUCUGUAUUUCUGCAAAAACUCAACAACCAAAAAACAAAUAACAGAAUUUAAAAACGGGCAAAGGGGAUAUGCACAGACACUUUACUAACAAAGACUGAUAGAAAUCUACUGGAAUUCGUAGGAUCUGGUUGCCACUGGACCAAAGCAUAAGACGUUUCCUGGACACAUCCAAGCACUUCAAUGGACAGAGAAGUUGGGGCUGGGGCCUGGGGACCAUAGUAUUGGGGGACAUGUAGGUCAAUUGGCAUAACAAAAUUUAUUAAGAAAAUGGUCUGCAUCCCACUUUGGUGAGUGGCAUCUGGGGCCUUAAAGGCUUGUGAGUGGCCAUCUAAGAUGCAUCAAUUGGUCCCAACUCACUAGGAGCAAAGGAGAAUGAAGAACACCAAAGACACUGACUUCCCCCGCAUAAGUGUUUGUAUUUUGGGCACCCAAUGCUGUUGGCUUUAAGGACUGGGAGACAGCACUUCUUCUUAGACCCCUGUCACAGGUGGUAGGUGGAGAGGGUGGAGUUACCAGGCUUGAGGACCCUGCUUAAUGGAUCCAGUGUCAAAUGUCAAGGACCUGAAACUCCACCAUAGAGCUGAUAUAGUUGAACUUAGACUUAAGUUAUAUACCCUGUUGUACUGUGCUAAUGAGGGUCUAUGCUGUUGAAAUCAGGUCUCUGCAGGGGUGAAAGGCAUUGAAUGUCCUUAGACCCAUUAUGCCUGUGUCUAGGCAAACCCUGGCAAAAUAAACCAAUCACGGAAGGACAAAUAUUGUAUGACCUCGCUUCUAUAAAAGGACAAGAAAAGGCAAAGGUACACAGACCAAAGUUUAUUAGUGGUUGCGAGGGGCGGGGCGGGGGAAAAGGAGUUGUGUUUCAUUAACUCCCCUAUGUUUGUGAUUUGCAACUUACAAGUUAAAGGAAGAAAUUGGAAAGCAACAUGUUAACUAUUAAGAACUUGGCACCAGCCUGCAGGUCUGUUUCCGCCAGGGGGCGGGGCUCCGCCGAGGCCCCCCCCACCUCACGCAUGCGCGCUGUGCUGGCCAAUCAGCGCUGCGCCCGCUCAGGCAAGGCUGGCUUGCUCCGCCCCCUCCGGAAGUGCCUCAGAGGAGCUUUCCGGUGGCCAGCUGCCUCGCUCUGGGAGUGUUGCCGCUACAGCCUUUACCUCAGCAAACAGAAUCUAAUUAUGGCACCCACUGGAAGAAAGGGAACGGGGAGACCUGGGAGACGCGUGGUGAAGGAUCAGGAUAGAGAAGCCUCUGGCACGGAAGAUAAAAAAGAUCUGAGUGGUUCUGAGCCGAACGGGAAGGAGGAAGGAAAGAGUCCAGUAACUGAUAAGGAUGGAAGAAAAAGACCAUCUGCAGGAUCAACUGAGGAAGAGCUAGGGGCCGAAGUAGAGAAUAUGUUCGAAAUACUUGGAGGUGACAUCACCAAGGCUCUUCUUGAAAAGAGAAGAAGGUUAGAAACGAAUACCAAUGCUUCUCUCAAACUCAGUAACCAGAAAGUUGAGAAUGCUUGGAAAACAGAAAAAGAGCAAAGGCAGGAUCGUACUGUGCAAUGCUCUCAGCAGCUUUCGACUUUUUUUCAGCAGUGGGAUACAGAUGUGCAGAAAGCUGAGGAACAAGAACAAAGUCUAACUAGCCUCGAGGACCUCGAGAAAAGUUAUGACUCUGCGUUUGAUGAAGCACAAAGUGAACUUAAAGAAGAACUAGCUUUGCUGCAAAAAAAACUUUUAAUGGACACACAUCAGGAAGAGGUGAAAAUUGUUCGAGAGUCCCUUAAAUCCCUGAUACAAUGAUGACUCUUUGAAGAAAGAAUUUGAAUCUAAAUGACAUGACACAAUUGUAACAUUAGCUAUGUGAAGCCACCUUACAGUGGUGUAAACAUUCUACUUUAAAUUACUGCAUCUUGUUAAUCAGUUACCUUGUUUAUUAAGCACAAGACUCCCUUUUUGUUAACCACCAAAGAAAGCCUGAACCGCUAUGUGAGUAGCAACAAUUCCAAAGUCAUGUGUAUGGAGCUUUCAGCCCUUUGGUAGCAAUGGUGACUUUUCCUCCCUUGCGCUGUUAUUUAACUUCUAGCAGUCAAAAUGAUUUAAUUUUAGGUUUUGGCCUUAGAGAACCUGUAUUAGUCCCAAAAGUUAGAAAGCACAUGUAUGGAAGGUUACAUUGUUCUUCCUUACAAAGUAAUAAUAAUAAUAAAGAAUACAAAAUCUAUUUUCUAUGUUCUUUCUUUGGGUGUAUACUCAUUUGAUGAUUGUAAUAAAGGUAAGACUUCAGAAGAAUAUUUACUCUGUC